AUGAAGGGUCAUCUUAAGCCUUUGGUGUUAACCUUGAUGAUCGAAGGGCAUGAGGUAAAUAAGGUUCUAGUUUAUGGAGGAGCAGUUGUAAACAUACUUCCGAAGACUAUGCUGAAAAGGUUUGGGAAGUCCACGGCUGAUUUAAAGCCCCAUAAUAUACUUAUUUCAGAUUAUGCAGGAAAGUCAUCCCACCCUGAGGGCAUGAUUUUUCUCGAUGUUCAGAUCGGAAGCGUGAAAAGAACUACUAUGUUCGUAGUAACUCCAUCGAAGGCAAAUUUCAAUGUCUUGUUGGGGCGUGAAUGGAUUCAUGGGGUGGGAGUUGUCCCUUCAACUCUUCACCAAAAGAUUUUCUUUUAG